AAUUCCGGAGAACGGCGACCAGAUUGUGUGCGCAUAGGCCAGAUGGGGAGGCUCCAUCAGAUUGUCCCUGACUCGCCAACUUCCAGGUUGCUCCAACUGCUAGUGCAGUCGUCUGCAAGAGAUCCGCCUCGCCCCAAGCGUAUCCCAACGCGCAUGCUUAUAUGUCGCUCUUCCCUCUCACGUACCUCCCAAGUACCUGUCUCAUCCGGUGCCCGCCUUCUCCAUCCCUCUUCUUUAGUACUUAAUCUGCCCCGGUCCCCCGCAGUUCAUCCCGUCUCUCGGACUUUGGAUCGUCUGCUGGUUUUCUCGCUUGUUACAGCAUCUUCUCUUUCCACUCCUCAUCAUCCAUCCGAACAGCUUGAGAAGCGAGAACCAAGCCGCUGUCGACAAAGGCCUUCAACAAGGCCUCUUUACCACCCACCAUGGACUCGCAAUACGAGACAAAAAAGAACGACCCAAACGCCAUCAUGCCGUACGGGGAGUCGAGCGGAGAUGAGCAUGUUGGCGAGGUCCGCGGCUUGGGCGGCGACUUCAUGCACAAGGAGGUCGAGGCCCAGCAGGGCGCCGACAAGUUCCACCGUCUCGGCUGGAAACGUCUGACGAUCGUCCUCAUCGUCGAGGCUAUUGCCCUCGGCUCUCUCUCUCUUCCCGGCGCGUUCGCUACCCUUGGCAUGGUCCCUGGCGUUCUUCUCUCUGUCGGCAUGGGACUCAUCUGCAUCUACACGGCCGACGUUAUUGGACAGACGAAGCUCAAGCACCCUGAGAUCGCCCACUAUGCCGACGCUGGUCGUAUCAUGUUUGGAAGAUGGGGAUAUGAAAUCAUCAGCUUCAUGUUUGUUGUUCAGCUGAUCUUCAUCGUCGGCUCCCACGUCCUCACGGGCACCAUCAUGUGGGGCACCAUUACGGAUAACGGCAACGGCACCUGCUCCCUCGUCUUCGGUAUUGUCUCCGCCAUCAUUCUUUUCCUCCUCGCCAUUCCGCCCAGUUUCUCCGAGGCUGCCAUUCUUGGGUACAUCGAUUUCGUCUCCAUCUGCGCCGCCAUUCUCAUCACCAUGAUUGGUACUGGUAUUCGUUCGAGCAGCCAGGAGGGUGGCCUCGCUGCCGUUGCCUGGUCUUGCUGGCCCAAGGAGAACCUCGGCCUCGCCGAGGCCUUCAUUGCUGUCAGCAACAUUGUUUUCGCCUACAGCUUCGCCAUGUGCCAGUUCAGCUUCAUGGAUGAGAUGCACACCCCCUCCGACUACAGGAAGUCCAUCGUCGCUCUCGGCUUGAUCGAGAUCGUUAUCUACACGGUCACUGGUGGCGUCGUUUACGCUUUCGUCGGCCCCGAGGUCAAGUCUCCUGCCUUGCUCUCUGCUGGCCCCACCCUCGCCAAGGUCGCUUUCGGCAUUGCCCUCCCCGUCAUCUUCAUCUCUGGCAGCAUCAACACCACUGUUGUCAGCAGAUAUUUGAUCGAGCGCAUCUGGCCCAACAGCGUCAUUCGCUAUGUCAACACCCCGAAGGGUUGGGUGGUCUGGCUCGGUUUGGACGCUGGCAUUACCCUCAUUGCCUGGGUCAUUGCUGAGGCCAUCCCCUUCUUCUCUGAUCUGUUGGCCAUCUGCUCGGCUCUCUUCAUUUCCGGUUUCAGCUUCUACUUCCCUGCCUGUAUGUAUUUCAAGAUCACCAGGAGCGAUACCAAGAGCCGGAACCAGAAAUACUUCUUGGAUGCCGUCAACCUGGUCUGCUUCAUCAUCGGCAUGGGCAUUCUUGGUAUCGGCACCUACGCCGCCAUCAAGGAUAUUAUGGACCGCUACGAUCGUGGUCAGGUUUCGAAGCCUUACAGCUGUGCUCCCGUGGCUUAAUCCAGCCCAAUGCACACUUAUGAUCCGAUUCUUGGAUGUUUUACUUCAUUAAUAUCGUGCUGUGAUGGAUCUUUGUCCUCACCCGCGAUCUCCCCUUUUGUAUACCCCCCCCAGACCUGUCGGCCUGGGGAAAUGUUUUGAGUAUCUUUAUUUCCGGUUU